CUUCGAUUCGACACCACGCUUCUCCUUUCUCUUUUUAAAGCCCGCAACCAGUCGUCGUCAGUCUCCACGAGAUUCUCCUUUCUCUUCUUAACCGGCAGGCAGUCGUCGCCAGUCUCUCCAGUUUCCCUCUCUCUAGUUCCUUCUGUAGCUGCUGUAGAUGGCGUCGGCGACGGGGGAGGUCAGCAAGAGCCGGGUGCUGGUGAUCGGCGGCACGGGCUACAUCGGCCGCUUCAUCGUCGCCGCCAGCGCACGGGAGGGCCACCCGACGGCCGUCCUCGUCCGCGACCCCGCGCCCGCCGACGCAGCCAAGGCCGCCGUCCUCCAGGGCUUCCGGGAUGCCGGCGUCACCCUCGUCAAGGGUGAUAUUUAUGAUCAUGAGAGCUUGGUGGCAGCCAUCAAAUCCGCAGAUGUUGUGAUCUCAGCCGUGGGUUACGCGCAGCUACAAGAUCAAACCCGCAUUAUCUCCGCAAUCAAGGAAGCUGGGAAUGUAAAGAGAUUCGUACCUUCUGAGUUUGGUAAUGAUGUGGAUCAUGUAAAUGCUGUUGAGCCUGCAAAAUCACUAUUUGCCGGCAAAGCUGGUAUAAGGCGUGCCAUCGAGGCUGAGGGGAUUCCCUACACCUAUGUCUCUUCCAACUUCUUUGCUGGUUAUUUCUUGCCAAACAUUGGACAGUCUGGGGUCACUGGUCUCCCAACUGAUAAAGUUCAAAUUCUAGGCGAUGGGAAUGUAAAAGGAAUCUUUGCUGUGGAAGACGACGUGGGCACCUACACUAUUAAAGCUGUAGAUGAUCCAAGAACCCUGAACAAGACCCUGUAUCUGAGGCCACCAAGCAACACUUUGUCUCAUAACGAGCUUGUCUCACUCUGGGAGAAGAAAGUUGGUAAGACAUUUGAGAGGGUGUACAUCCCAGAAGACGAAGUCCUGAAGAAGAUUCAAGAGUCUCCGCCGCCGCUCAAUGUAGUACUGUCACUCGGCCACUCUGUGUGGGUGAAGGGAGACCACACAAACUUUGAGAUCGAUCCAUCGUUUGGAGUUGAAGCCACUGAGCUUUACCCUGAAGUGAAGUACACUACUGUGGAUGAAUACCUGAACAGGUUCCUUUGAACUCCUAGAAGGUCGUAUAGGAGGGCGCAAAUGUUUGGAUGUGUUGAAUAAAUAUUGGAGGGUAUGUCUUUUAGUCGGAAUACCGUGUAAAUUAUAAUGAUAUUAGGACGUGUGAGAUCUCAAUGGUGUGAUGAAUUGUUCCUGUACUCAAUGGUCUGAGGGAACAUGGCAUUGUAGCUUGAUUUGGUGGGAAACAGCCUAGUUUAUUGUAAACAACAUGGACUACGUUAUUAUAAAAAAUAAUAAGUUUAUGACCCUGA